AUGACUACAUAUUCUCUCAAAUUUGCCUUCUCUCAAGCAGGUCUCUCUGCCCUCUCUUCAUCACAAGAAAAAGUUUGUGUUGUCAAAUCCGUCAAUGGAAAGGUUUCCAAUGUUGUUUGGUUAUCCAUCAAACCAUUCUUGCAAAACACAAUUACAUUUAAUGAAGCCUAUGGACUUUAUGCUAGUAACACUCAAAUCCAAAAUGGAGCCAAGAUUUCAAGAAUCAGUAAUGUUGCCUCUUGCUCCAAGGGUCAUCAAUACCCAUUCCUUGAUGCUGGUUAUUUUGGAUCUGCCAACAGUUCAACUGUCAAGGGAUACGGUAUUAUCAACAACUAUGGUGAAGCAUUGACAUUUGGUCUUACCCAAACAGCCAUUGUCAAUGGAAAGUCUGUUGACAGUGAGUUGAACGCCACCACUGUUCUCAACAAUCAAAUGGCCGAUUACACACCUAUUGUCACUCUUUCCAUCUAUGUUGCAGCCUCUCUCAACAAUGGUAGUGUCAUCUCUGACAUUACUGGUGAACCACUUACUCUUACCUACACCUCUGGUACUGAAAAGAUCAUCCACUUUGAUGACACCCAAAAUAUGUUUGUCGAGGGAGAAAUGUCUCAAUAA